AUGGCCGAGUCACAGUCCAACUCGCGGUCGAACACGCCGUCUCUCGCGCCUCCAAUGCGGCGACCGCUAGAGGAAGACCAUGCACCUGCCGUGUCCUCUCCGCUGAACCCCAAUCCCGAUGCUGCGGCGCGUGCUCGACCGAAAGCUCCACCGCGUGAGCGCGAGCAGAGAGAGAAGCGCGAGACGUUGAAGAAACGCGAAGCUUCAGCAAAUACGCGCGCCAGUACGCCCGUUGCGAAACCAACCAAAAAAGAGCGCCCCUCGGCAGACUCGCCUAUGCGCUAUUCAAUACCUGAACCCAAGGCUACCGACUACGAACCUCCCAAAGACGGCAUCUUCGUCUCUCACGAACCCAACCCAAUCUUCACACCCGAUGGCAGCGCAGAGCUGAAGAGGCCGCAUGAUCAGGCGUGGAACAAGAAAGGCUACAAAUACACGCCCUGCGUGGCAGAUCCGCUGUUCCGACACAAACAAUACUAUCGGCAGAGCGACUCCAGGCCGUAUGGACCGAGAAUGAGCCACGAAGACUCGGACAAGUGGUUUCAUUUCGACAAUACUGGCACCAUUGUCACCCAGGAGAAAGGAUGGCGAAUGGGUCGAGGCAACGUGAUAGCUCGCGAAGGGCGGGCAUACUACGAGGUCAAGAUCCUGCGAGGCAUACCCGUGAACGGUCCCAAAGACCCUGUUGACCCGAACACCGGCGAGACGAAACCUGGGCCACACGUGCGAAUGGGCUGGGCGAGACGAGAAGCGCCCUUGGACGGCCCUGUGGGCUUCGACGGCUACAGCUAUGGCAUUACCGAUGCACGCUUCGAGGCACAACACCGGUCGCGCGCUUCCAAAAUCUUCAAGCCCCUUCCGAAAGGCGCCAAAAGCAAACACAUGAAGGCCAGACCACCGCACGGCAAGCCAGCGCCCGUCGAAUACAUCACGGACGAACACAUUCAAGAGGGUGAUGUGAUAGGCUUAGAGAUCCAGCUCCCAGCCUUGUCGCUACACCGUAAGGUCAUUGAGGGUAUCUACAAUCCAGCAGUAGAUCUGGGAGACGGAUUCGAUGUAGCCAACUCGCAAGACCCGCUCGACAAACCCGUCGACAUCAUCCGUGACCGGAUACCAGUCCCGUACAAAGGCAACUUCUACUUCGAGCAGUUGGACUAUCAAGUGACAAAAAUGGUCGAGGCGUACCAUGACCGGGGCCCAGUGCCAAAGAUCUACCCUUCGCCAAACCACGAAGACGUUAGUGUGAGAUCCUUACCUCACUCGCACAUCAAGGUCUACAAGAACGGGAAGGAAGUCGGCAUUGCCUUCGAGAACCUUUUGGCAUUCCUCCCUCCAGCAAGUGUGCCCUCAGUCGAGGCAGUCAAAUCCGGUGCGAGACCUGGUUUCGAUGACGGCAUGGUAGGCUACAUCCCUGCCAUCUCACUCUUCAACGGAGGCAUCGCACAAGUCAACUUUGGUCCCGAUUUCUGGUACCCGCCUGAAGAGAUGGUACGCCAACGCGAACAGGACACGCAAAUGGCUGGCAAUGACAAUGUGGAGCAACAAAUACCAGAGGGCCGAAAGCUGCGGGCUAUUGGCGAUCGCUUCAAGGAGCAGAUCGCAGAAGAUGUUGUAUGGGAUAUCAUCGAUGAGAUCGACUUCUUUACGCAGGAUGGAGGCUGGGAGUACAAGGGCGAAACUCCCCAAGAUGUUGCCGGCAAAUCAACACCACGCGCCCGAGGAUUCGCCAACCCUGAUGAGAAUCUUGGUGUUGAAGUGGGCAAGAGGUACUGA